GAGACUUUUUCAAUAUGUGAAGGCAGAUAUUGAAAAUCGCAGCAAACUGGCAACAGAGUGCAUGUAUUCGUAAUGGACCUGCUGCUUCUGAUGCGGAAAUGGGUAAAGGAAACAACCUACUUUGUCAUCCUAAGACGAUGAUAACUUAUACUUGCUAUUAUGACGGCUGUAAAGGCCGAUGAUGACUUUGGAUGGGCAGACUUCGCCUCUUUCGACUCGAAGGACAGCGAUUCAACAUUUGCGUCAAACAGACUCACGUUGAGCGAUAGUGACAAUAAUGGGAUUGAAACAGUAGCAAAGCCAUGUAGUGAAACAACUAGUCCUCGAACACUUUUACAGGGUAUUUUUGAAAGUACCGAGACCGGUAUUCAAGCCAACAGCAAAUUAAACAGCGUGACCUGCCUUGAAAGCCGAAUAUUACAUUCAAAGGUAUGGAAUAACUGCAAUUCAUGGAAUAAUUUAGAGCUCAUGUCAAGUGUGAAUUUGGACAAUUCCAGUUGGCAAAGUUCAUUUAUUGACUCAGUGAAAGGAUUUUUAGAAGAUAAGGAUUCUGAAGCAUGCAGACUUAUUCCUGAAAAGUUGGAAAUAUCCUCCUUUAUUCAUUGUUUUAACUUCCACAAAUUUUCACAUCAUGGAAAACGAUCAAAAAGUAACCAGAGAACUGAAGUUUCACAACAGAAUAAAAGCCAGGCAACAAAUAUUAACCCAUUUCCUGCAAACAAACUUGAUGAUUGCAAACAUUGGCAAUCGAGCAAUUCAAUUGUUGAAAGUAGCAAUAUUUUAAGUAGCAACAGUGCUGAAAAUCUUGUGGUGAAAGAAAUAGACAACAUUUCAAUUACAAGCACUGAGAGCUCAUGCAGUGGCAUCAUCAUUGAUGGAAGUGAUGAGAGCAAUUCAGAUAGUCGGAUUUUAGAAAAAUGGAAACAAAUAAGAAGAGAAAGCAUUGCUCAAGGGAAGCCAGGUCUGGAGUGUUUCUCGCUCGAAGAAUUGCAAACAUUAGCAGGAGAAAUCAGACUAGCUCGUAAUACUCUGUCAGAAAGCUUGGUGAAAGAACUGAAGUUGAAAGAUGAGUUGUGCCGAGAAAGGGAGCGAAGAGAUAACUUCAUAUCAUUGCUUCUGGUCAUCAGCAGAAAACAGAAAUCCCAAGAGGUUUCGCAGGCGAAUCGUCGCCAGAGGAUUCUAUUUCACGUGACAAGCAAUGCAGACAACAGUGACAAUAAGUUUUUAGAUGUAUCUAUUCCGUAUGUGCCAGCGGAGUAUGGUCCUAGCCCAGAAGCGAUUCGCUCGUUGACUACCAUCCUUCAAGCCAUGUUGGAUGAAGAUCCCAAAGUACCAAGCCUAGUCACAGAGUACACCAUGAAUAUUAUCAAAGAGCUGCAGGAAAGUUCUUAAUUGGUGUGCCAUCGUCAGGCUACUUACAAGUAAUGGCGUGUACCACAAUGUCAGUUAUCUCCAUGGUAAAGGCAUUGGUGCAUUGUGGCAUUUUAUCCCGGAGUAUCCUCUGGUUUGCAGAUCAAAGUCAACCCUAAAAUCAGGUUUGCAGACCAGAGUUCAAAUUUUCAUAGAUUCUUGAUAAACAGUAAUAUCAGUGCUUUGAUAUAAUCCGAAAUGUCGAUUAUGUUAAAUGUUGAUUCUGAAGGUUUUCAGUGAUUUCCUGUCAUUUCACAAGAAAACAGGCAAAGAUGACGAAAAUUAGACUAGAAAACAUCCAUUGACCACCAGUUUAACGAUUUUGCUCUUGGUUGAAGUUGCGGUAUACAAAUUUCAAGAGACAGUUUUAGCAAGCAUGCUUCAGUCGUGGAUAAGGCUAUUUUGAGUCAUAUUUUUCCACAAAGAGAGAGAGUCACUAAUGGAUCUGGAGUUGCAUCUCUGUUUGAUCUAGAAUUCUGUACAGCUCAGCAACAAGCGUCGUUUCUGAAUAAUAUCAGUGUUUAAAUCGGUUGUUUGAUUUGGAGUCAGGGUAGUUAUAUCUUAAUUAUACGAGCUCUUCAUCUCUGCUCCUGUUUCACAACGAGUGAUCAUGAUACUAGUUAUUUCAAAUUGAAAGAAGAAAAUAUUUGUUAAGUCUUGCAAGAAACAGACAAAGGGAUCGGUUGGUAGGGUUGGACACAAAGUUCUGCUUUUCUACUCUUUGUAAAACACCUUGCCCAAAAGAAUUUAUGAUUUUCUGGGUUGACAUCUGAAUUAAAAAUGACGGCCGUAUCGAUGCUGCUUUUGGAUUGUGUUUAAGAAUAAUCAUACGACGUUUGACUGACAACAGCUUGGCAGACCGAUAAUUGCUAGUCAUUGAUCAACAAACAGUGAAAUUAGCAGUUACAUCAACAAAUGGUAGCUGUAAAGGCUUUGGUAAUUGGUUACGUACCAUCUACGUUUUCUGUCAAAAUUGUGGCAUGAAAUGAUCUUGCAAAUCAGGUGGACAUGCUUUGGGUACCAUCCUUAUGACCACUGGAAGUUUACUUUUGCUAUUGGUAUCACACUUACUUUCUCUCUUUCUUCGCCGUUUCAUAGGCACUACCCAGAAAGAACUUUAAUUUGACAUUACAUAUUGCAUUGCGCAAGCCAAAGCGUGGCUAGUACGUAGACAUCACCAGACCUGACUACAUCAUUACAAUCCAAAUUCAUCGACUUGAACCGGACUUGACGAACGUUACUCUUGCAGUGGCCUAGAUCAAUCUAGACCAAAACAAGCUCACUUGGACUCGACUCGAAAAGUUCUAAGACUUCACAUUGUUUAGUGUUCACCAGAUAUUUAGUUAUCCGCAGCUUCAAUUUUUCGUUGACUAGUGAAAGACAAGAAUUUUACAAUGACAUUACAAGGAAAUGAAGUUCGAAUAAAUCUUGACCUUACUUAACAAUUUACAACGCCAAUUUGUGACUUCCAUGCGACUAGGAAUGAACAAGGCGUCCCAAACAAUAUCUAAGUUUUCAAGAAAGCGAGACAUGGCUAUUCUAAUGACUUAAUAUGACUUUGGCAAACCAAAAUUUGACAGUUACUUUAACCAUAAGCAACAUUUACGUUUCUUGAUCAAGGAUAAACUUUGCUAUCGUUCCCCAUGCAUAUUAUGUAAGGGGCUAGAUGUUAAAUCGGUCUUUGUAGUUCCCAAAUGACAAACACUUAGUGACAGCUACUUUGACUUAUUCUUAAAUACAGCUAUUAGUUGACAAAUACUUCAUCUGACUGUAAUAUGACGUCCUAUGAACGUAUCUUUCCAGAAAACCCAAACCAGGUCUGACCAUUGUAUGUGAAUAUUGGACGCCCUUUUGGCUGGACGGAGACUAGACCUUCUCAAAGGCCUUGCUUGACUGACAUUCUUCCUGAAACUCCUAUGAUUUUGACGGUACUUGUACAUUUUAGCCAGACAUGACAAUUCCAUUGACUCAUUUGUGACUUUUUUCAAUUUGACUUGACCACUCAACAGUAUUCUUGCUUAUUUACCAACAUACUGCUUGACCUACAAUAGACUUUGCGGUUUCAUGAUCAUAUCUUGACCUAAUAUUUGCUAGUGCUUGAUUUGACUUGUGCGCUCCCCUGAUCAAGACAAGCGGUUUUGUUCGUGGAAACAAGACCCAAUAAAUUCUGGGACCUUUUUGUAACUCUAGUUUUGAAAUAACCAAUACCGAAACGUGACUUUGACAGCGACAUUGACUUGGCGUACAGAUAAAAAAAUACAGUAAUUUGAUGACGAUUACUUUGACUUCUUCCUAAAUACUGUUAUUAAAUGACAAAUUCCAGACAGAACUUUUAAAUUGACAUCGUCUGAACGUUUCUUUGAAACAAAACCAAAAAACGAACCUGACCAUUGUAUUUGAAUAUUGACUAGGACGUCUUUUUUGACUUGACAGAAUGUUGACGUGCCUUUUUAAUUGGCCUUACUUGACUGACAUUCUGCCUGCAACUUCUUUCAUUUUCACGAUACUUGUAUAUUUAGUCAAGACAUGAAUUUUCUAUUAACUUAUUUGUGACUUGCUAAAUUUAUUUAUUAGUUGACAAAUACUUCACCGGACUGUAACAUUGACGUCAACUGUACGUUUCUUUUAAACAAAGCCGAAAAAGCAGAUCUGACCCUUUAAUCAGAAGGUCUUUCGUGACUUGACAGAAGCAAAACGGGCCUUUUUCAUAGGCCUUACCAACUAAAAUUUUUCAUGAAACGUCUUUAAUUUUCACGAUACUUGUACAGACAGCCAUUACAAUACAGUUACAGUAUGUACAGAUACAAAUACAAUACGUACAGAUACAAAUACAAUAUGUACAGGAGCAGAUACAAUAUGUACAGAUACAAAUACAAUAGGUACAGAUACAAAUACAAUACAUACAGAUACAAAUACAAUACGUACAGGAGCAGAUACAAUACGUACAGAUACAAAUACAAUAGGUACAGAUACAAAUACAAUACGUACAGAUACAAAUACAAUACGUACAGAUACAAGUACAAUACGUACAGAUACAAGUACAAUACGUACAGAUACAAAUACAAUACGUACAGAUACAAAUACAAUCCGUACAGAUACAAAUACAAUAUGUAAAGAUACAAAUACAAUAUGUACAGAGGCAGAUACAAUACGUACAGAUACAAAUACAAUACGUACAGAUACAAAUACAAUAUAUACAGAUACAAAUACAAUAUGUACAGAUACAAAUACAAUACGUACAGAUACAAAUACAAUACGUACAGAUACAAAUACAAUACGUACAGAUACAAAUACAAUAUGUACAGACAGCCAUUUUCACGAUAGCCAGACAUUUCCUUACCAUUGACUCAUUUGUGACUUAUAUUUCACUUGACCAUUACAACUGACUUGACCGUGACUUUUCGUAAUUUAUUUUAAAUUGUAAUAUACAUCUUAUAGGAUUACAUGAGUCAAAGCAUGACAAGAAAUUGCUCAUUUUAACGAACAUGACAAACUUUCUUAUCAAAAGCUUUUUUAUCAAUAUUUACGUUUGUUUAUCGCUACCCUCGAGCAUCUUUGUGUAUGUUGCUUCUUCUUUACAAUGACGAAAAUCCGUUAUAUCCAUUAAAACAUCUUACAGUAAGACAGCACCAGACAAAUAACUGCUCAUUUUAGGGUACAUCACGAAUACUCAACAUCAAGAGCUUUUUCCUCAAUAUCUUCCCAGCUUCCAACUUAAGCCUUUUUUCCUAAGAGAUUGUCCUUUCACAAAGACAAAACUGUAAUAUAUCUAUUUAAACAUCUCACAUGACGUGAGAGCCGACAAGACAAAAUCCUGCUCAUUUUAGAAGACACGACGACAAUAUUUUCUCAACUCAAGCAUUUUUCCUACGGUGCUGCUCUUUUACAAUUACAAAACUGUAAUAUAUCCAUUUAAACAUUUCACAUGAUGGCGUAAGAGACGACAAGACAAAAUACUGCUCCUUUAGAAGACAUGGCGACUCUUUAACAUCAAGAACUUUUCCUCAUUAUCUUCCCAACUCCAGCAUUUUUUCUACGGGGCUGCUCUUUUACAUUCACAAAACUGCAAUAUACCCAUUUAAACAUUUGACAUGAUGACAUAAGAGACGACAAGACAAAAAACUGCUCGUUUAGGGGAUAGGAGGACUCGUUAACAUCAAGCACUUUUCAUCAUUAUUUUCCCAACUCCAGCAUUUUUCCUACGGUGCUGCUCUUUUACAAUUACAAAACUGUAAUAUAUCCAUUUAAACAUUUCACAUGAUGGCGUAAGAGACGACAAGACAAAAUACUGCUCCUUUAGAAGACAUGGCGACUCUUUAACAUCAAGAACUUUUCCUCAUUAUCUUCCCAACUCCAGCAUUUUUUCUACGGGGCUGGGCUGCUCUUUUACAUUAACAAAACUGCAAUAUACCCAUUUAAACAUUUGACAUGAUGACAUAAGAGACGACAAGACAAAAAACUGCUCGUUUAGGGGACAUGACGACUCUUUAACUUCAAGAACGUUUCCUCGUUAUCUUCCCAACUCGAGCAUUUUUUCUAUGGGGCUGCUCUUUUACAUUAACAAAACUGCAAUAUACCCAUUUAAACAUUUGACAUGAUGACAUAAGAGACGACAAGACAAAAAACUGCUCGUUUAGGGGAUAUGACGACUCUUUAACAUCAAGAAUUUUUCCUCAUUAUCUUCCCAACUCGAGCAUUUUUUCUACGGGGCUGCUCUUUUACAUUCACAAAACUGCAAUAUACCCAUUUAAAAAUUUGACAUGAUGACAUAAGAGACGACAAGACAAAAAACUGCUCGUUUAGGGGACAUGACGACUCGUUAACAUCAAGAACUUUUCCUCAUUAUCUUCCCAACUCCAGCAUUUUUUCUACGGGGCUGCUCUUUUACAUUCACAAAACUGCAAUAUACCCAUUCAAACAUUUGACAUGAUGACAUAAGAGACGACAAGACAAAAAACUGCUCGUUUAGGGGACAUGACGACUCUUUAACAUCAAGAACUUUUCCUCAUUAUCUUCCCAACUCCAGCAUUUUUUCUAUGGGGCUGCUCUUUUACAUUCACAAAACUGCAAUAUACCCAUUUAAACAUUUGACAUGAUGACAUAAGAGACGACAAGACAAGGGACUGCUCGUUUAGGGGAUAUGACGACUCUUUAACAUCAAGCACUUUUCCUCAUUAUCUUCCCAACUCGAGCAUUUUUUCUAUGGGGCUGCUCUUUUACAUUCACAAAACUGCAAUAUACCCAUUUAAAAAUUUGACAUGAUGACAUAAGAGACGACAAGACAAAAAACUGCUCGUUUAGGGGACAUGACGACUCUUUAACAUCAAGAACUUUUCCUCAUUAUCUUCCCAACUCCAGCAUUUUUUCUACGCGGCUGCUCUUUUACAUUCACAAAACUGCAAUAUAUCCAUUUAAAAAUUUGACAUGAUGACAUCAGAGACGACAAGACAAAAAACUGCUCGUUUAGGGGGCAUGACGACUCUUUAACAUCAAGAACUUUUCCUCAUUAUCUUCCCAACUCGAGCAUUUUUUCUAUGGGGCUGCUCUUUAACAUUAACAAAACUGCAAUAUACCCAUUCAAACAUUUGACAUGAUGACAUAAGAGACGACAAGACAAAAAACUGCUCGUUUAGGGGAUAUGACGACUCUUUAACAUCAAGAACUUUUCCUCAUUAUCUUCCCAACUCGAGCAUUUUUUCUACGGGGCUGCUCUUUUACAUUCACAAAACUGCAAUAUACCCAUUUAAAAAUUUGACAUGAUGACAUAAGAGACGACAAGACAAAAAACUGCUCGUUUAGGGGACAUGACGACUCUUUAACAUCAAGAACUUUUCCUCAUUAUCUUCCCAACUCGAGCAUUUUUUCUAUGGGGCUGCUCUUUUACAUUCACAAAACUGCAAUAUACCUAUUUAAACAUUUGACAUGAUGACAUAAGAGACGACAAGACAAAAAACUGCUCGUUUAGGGGAUAUGACGACUCUCUAACAUCAAGAACUUUUCCUCAUUAUCUUCCCAACUCGAGUAUUUUUUCUACGGGGCUGCUCUUUUACAUUCACAAAACUGCAAUAUACCUAUUUAAAAAUUUGACAUGAUGACAUAAGAGACGACAAGACAAAAAACUGCUCGUUUAGGGGAUAUGACGACUCUUUAACAUCAAGAACGUUUCCUCAUUAUCUUCCCAACUCCAGCAUUUUUUCUACGGGGUUGCUCUUUUACAUUAACAAAACUGCAAUAUACCCAUUUAAACAUUUGACAUGAUGACAUAAGAGACGACAAGACAAAAAACUGCUCGUUUAGGGGAUAUGACGACUCUUUAACAUCAAGAACUUUUCCUCAUUAUCUUCCCAACUCGAGCAUUUUUUCUAUGGGGCUGCUCUUUUACAUUCACAAAACUGCAAUAUAUCCAUUUAAAAAUUUGACUUGAUGACAUAAGAGACGACAAGACAAAAAACUGCUCGUUUAGGGGACAUGACGACUCUUUAACAUCAAGAACUUUUCCUCAUUAUCUUCCCAACUCGAGCAUUUUUUCUACGGGGCUGCUCUUUUACAUUCACAAAACUGUAAUAUAUCCAUUUAAACAUUUCACAUGAUGGCGUAAGAGACGAGAAGACAAAAGACUUGUCCUUUAAAAGACAUGACGAUUCUUUAACUUCAAGAACUUUUUUGUAACAUAUCCGUUAAAAAAUUUCACAUGGUGACGUCAGGGACAACAAGACAAAAAACUGCUACUUUAAGCGACGUGACGACUCUUUAACCUAAAUAUCGUUUUCCUCAAUACCUCCCCAACUCGAGCAUUUUUCCUACGGGGCUGCUCUUUUAUAAUGACAAAACUGCAAUAUAUCCAUUUAGACAUUUCACAUGAUGGUGUAAGAGACGAGAAGACAAAAAACUGCUCCUUUAGGGGACAUGACGACUCUUUAACUUCAAGAACUUUUUCUGUAACAUAUCCAUUAAAUCAUUUCACAUGAUGACGUCAGGGACAACAAGACAAAAAACAGUCCUUUAAUGGACAUGACGACUCUUUAACUUCAAGAACUUUUUCUGUAACAUAUCCAUUAAAACAUUUCACAUGGUGACGUCAGGGACAGCAAGACAAAAAACAGUCCUUUAAGGGACAUGACGACUUUUUUACUUCAAGAACUUUUUCUGUAACAUAUCCAUUAAAACUUUUCACAUGAUGACGUCAGAGACGACAAGACAAAAAACUGCUACUUUAAGCGACGUGACGACUCUUUAACUUGAAGAACGUUUUCCUCAAUACCUCCCCAACUCGAGCAUUUUUUUUACGGGGCUGCUCUUUUAUAAUGACAAAACUGUAAUAUAUCUAUUUGAACAUUUGACAUGAUGAUGUAAGAGACGAGAAAAAAAAACUGCUCCUUUCAGCGACAUUAGAUUCUUUCCCAACUUAAGAAUUUUCCUACGGGGCUGCUCUUUUACAAUAAUAAAACUGCAAUAUACCCAUGUAAACAUUUGAAAUGAUGACAUAAGAGACGACAAGACAAAAAACUGCUCUUUUAGGGGACAUGACGACUCUUUAACAUCAAGAACUUUUUCUUCAAUAUCUUCCCAACGAAAGCAUUUUUGCUACGGGGCUGCUCUUUUACAAUAAUUAAACUGCAAUAUACCCAUUUAAAAAUUUGACAUGAUGACAUAAGAAACGACAAGACAAAAAACUGCUCGUUUAGGGGAUAUGACGACUCUUUAACAUCAAGCACUUUUCCUCAUUAUCUUCCCAACUCGAGCAUUUUUUCUAUGGGGCUGCUCUUUUACAUUAAUAAAACUGCAAUAUACCCAUUCAAACAUUUGACAUGAUGACAUAAAAGACGACAAGACAAAAAACUGCUCGUUUAGGGGACAUGACAACUCUUUAACAUGAAGAACUUUUCCUCAUUAUCUUCCCAACUCGAGCAUUUUUUCUACGGGGCUGCUCUUUGACAUUCACAAAACUGUAAUAUAUCCAUUUAAACAUUUGACAUGAUGAUG